AUGCAGCCGGACGCCUACGGGUGCGUGGUGGCGAACCGGUUCGGGGAACUCCUGGACGACGACGCGGACCCGUUCGACAUGAUGCGAGCAGUGGAGAAGGAGAAGAAGAAUAAGCAGGAGGAUGAGAAGAAAGGCAAGCAGAAGAAACCCGGCCAGAAGGAGUCUCAGAAGGACAGGAGGGUCCCUAGAGCUCCGGGGCUGCAGGACCCAGCUCCAGUCCAAAAGCAGCAGCAGCAACAGGCUCGUCCUGGACCAGUGGCGGAGACCCGGGAGGACCGAGAGGAGGCUCAGAGGGGCAUGAAGAGAGGUGUUGCUGGGGAGCGCAGGGCCAACCAGGAGGAGAGGCCACAGGAGUAUUCCAUCGCACAGCCUUCCUCUUAUGCAGACUCUGACCUCAGGGGCCGAGGAGGGCCCAGAGGCAGGAGAGGAGCACGAGGUGGAGGAAACACAAGGAACCUAGACAACUUCAACCUGAGGGGCAAGAGAGAAUAUGAUCGACACAAUGGAACAGGAAUAUCUCCUGAGGAAAAGAGGGGAGGCAGAGGACCCUGGAACUGGGGCUGUGCUGAAGAGGCCACAAGUGAACUGAUGGAGGUGUCAUCUGAUGCUCCAGUCAAAGCAGAGGAGGCCCAAAUGACUGUGGAUGAAAAUCCGAAUCCGGCAACGGAAGAGGAGGAUGGAGAGAUGGUGGUCCAAGUUGCCAUGGAGAUGACCCUGGACGAGUGGAAGGCCAUGCAGGAGAUAAGUCGUCCCAAGGUGGAGUUUAAUAUACGCAAAACUGAGAACAAGAUUCCCUCCAAAGCCAAAGUCAUCCACCAGUCAAAGCACCUGGAGAACCUCAAGUCCUCCCCUGUGGAGGAGAUGGAGGAUGAAGGCAACUUCCUCCGUCGGUCUGUGAAUGACAUCACCUCUCUUCUGGACAUCAACUUCGGGAGUCUUGGCCGGCCCUGCCGUGGGGGGCGAGGAAGAGGAGCUCGAGGUGGCAUGACCAAUCGCCCAGAGAGACCUAAACCGAUACUGGAGAAGGAGGAUGGUCUGGCUCCUAACCCGGACGACCCAGAAGACUUCCCUGCUCUUCCAACCGGAAGAUAA